UUGUUUUUUGCUUAAAAUAUGAAUGAUAUAUCAACUGAUUAACUUCAUUAUAAUAGUUUGUCUGGUAAUAGUAUCCAUAUCAUGAAUUUCAGUUUAUUAUUUGGAUAUUGUAAAGAUAAUUUCAAAAGAGGACCUAUUAUCGCAAGAAAUUAACAAAAUGGAUACUAAUGGGAAUAAUUAUUUUUUGUUUUUCUCAGUGAUAUCAGGAGAGUCAUUUUGAUCAAACUGCAUCAAUGAGACCUGGAAAAUAUUGAUUCGAGUGCGUUUUUGGUCCAAAGUUUUGAUUUCUUACGCAUGCACAAUUCUUCAAGCAGUAAAUGCGUUCUUUCAAUAUGUAGAUGUCUCUUCAGUUUUUCCAAUUCCAAUCUGACGGUCGUUAAGGGGAAUUUUUUCAUGAAAUCGCUGGUUGUCACAGUUUGUGAUCUUCCCCAACGCUCGUCGUCAGUCAAGAUGCUACGGCCCCGUUUGAGCUCGGCUACCCAAAAUUUUAACAUUGUAGAUGAUGAUGCAGAGACACCCUACACAUAGUUCAACACUUCUUCAAUUUCCGUAGCUGUAUUGACCUACAAAAAAAAAUAGUUGAUGGCAGGUCGGAAACUUUCCAGAAAACCAUCAUAUUCAUAUGAUAAAUAUAAAUUAUUAUAAAGAUCUGAUGGAGAGAACAAAACACAUAAUAUGAAAAGAUUAUGGAAGCUACUUUCUUUGGACUACCUUCCAUUUAGUUAACUUGCUGUCGUUUUCUGCCAAUGCUGGAUUUUCGUGGACUUCGCCGUUUCUUCCAAAGCUAAAUGGACACGUAGAUCCUGAAAAAAACCCCAUACCAUAUGAAAUCUCAGUUGUAGAAGAGUCGUGGAUAACGACGAUGAUGAACAUUGGUGCUUUGUGUGGGCCACUAUGUACCGGCCAAAUCUCUAGAAAAAUUGGAAAGAAGAUGACGCUCGUGUUGUUUUCUAUACCAGUUCUUUUUUCAAAUAUAAUUUUAAUUUUUGCAAAUACAGUUUGGCACUUCUAUACAUCCAGAUUUCUUUUAGGAUUGGGUGUAGGUUGUGUUUAUUGUAUUAUACCAGCGUAUGUUGCUGAGAUAUCGGAUGUACCUAAUAGAGGAAAAAUGGGUUUAUCCACGUCUCUCAUAAAUCUCAUAAGUCAUAUAAGUGUCGUUUCCAUCGGACCUUAUGUAACCAUUAAAACAUUCGCUUACUUAAGUUUGAUCCCCACAAUCUUAUUUAUAGUAAUUCUAAUUCCUUUCAUACCUGAAAGUCCUUAUUACUUUGUAUCUCGAAAUAGAAUGUCAGAAGCUGAAAAUGCUUUGAAGAAGUUCAGGCAAACGUCAAACGUGAAACUUGAAUUGAUUGAAAUUAGUAAUAGUGUCAAUGAGACGAAAAUAGAGGGAUCUUUCUACGACAUAUUCAGAACAAGAGUGGUUUUAAAAGGUCUGGUUGUCACUGUUGGUUUGAUCGCAGCUCAACAAGUAUGUGGCGCUCAACCUUUGAAUGCUUAUCAACAAGAAAUAUUUCGGUCCACUAGUAGUAAUAUACCCAGUGAAAUUUCAGUAAUGAUUGUUGGAAUUUUCCAAUUUAUCCCUAGUAUACUAAUUGUUUUCAUUGUGGAUAAAGUAGGUAGAAAAAUACUUUUACUACUUUCUUAUUUCGGGUUACUUUUAUCUUUAAUAACAAUUGGAAUUUAUUUUUAUUUCAAAGAACAGAACUUCAAUGUUGAUAGUAUAUUCUGGGUUCCAAUAGCAAGUUCUUGCUUAUUUAUGGCUUCUUUUAAGCUCGGUGCUGGUCCUGUGGCUUGGUCUUAUGUGGGUGAAGUUUUUCCAUCAAAUUUACAAAUAUAUAUGAGUUCUAUCGUUACUUUUGCUAUGUUUCUUUUCGGUAUAAUUGUUACUUUCAUAUUCCCAAUUAUGUUCACUUAUAUAGGUACAGCAUGGACAUUUUGGAUUUUUGGAGUUUGCACGGCAACUUCUAUCAUAUUCAUAAUAAUCAAAGUACCUGAAAUUAGAGGAAAAUCUUUCGUUGAUAUUCAAAUGAUUCUAAAAAAAUAAAUAAAAUAUCUUAGACAUUA